AUGGCCGGCCAGACCCGCGGGGCCACAAUCGCACUGCUGGGGAUCCUGCUGCUCGGCGCCGUGCGCCCGGGAGCUGAAGCUUCCGAGAUUGCUGUGCCACACGGAAGUGGCAUUACAGUUCUCAUAAAACCUGGGACCCCCACGCUGCCGGUGAAACCCUGUUACAUCAUCAGUACUAAAGGACACUUAACCACAUUGACCAUCAAAUCCGGAGAAAAGGCGGUCUUUUCCUUUAACUGCCGGGACCCAGAGAAGCACUUUGUCAUCGAGAUCCAGAAGAAUAUUGACUGCAUGUCAGGCCCGUGUCCUUUCGGGGAGGUCCAGCUUCAGCCGUCAACAUCGGUGCUGCCCGCCGUCAACAGAACUUUCAUCUGGGACGUCAAGGCUCACAAGAGCAUUGGUCUAGAGCUGCAGUUCUCGGUCCCUCGCCUGAGGCAGGUGGGGCCGGGGGCGAGCUGCCCAGACGGAGUCACUUACAACAUCAGCGGCCGCAUCGAUGCCACCGUGGUGAGAAUCGGAACCUUCUGCAGCAACGGCACUGUGUCCCGCAUCAAAAUGCAAGAAGGGGUGAAAAUGGCCUUACACUUGCCGUGGUUCCACAAGAGAAACGUCUCUGGCUUCAGCAUCGCAAACCGGUCUUCUAUAAAACGGCUGUGCAUCAUCGAAUCCGUGUUCGAAGGUGAAGGUUCCGCCACCCUGAUGUCUGCCAACUACCCGGAUGGCUUCCCUGAGGACGAGCUCAUGACCUGGCAGUUCGUCGUUCCCCGGCACCUGCGGGCCAGCGUCUCCUUCCUUCACUUCAACGUCUCCAACUGCGAGAAGAAAGAGGAACGGGUUGAAUACUAUAUCCCGGGCUCCACCACCAACCCCGAGGUGUUCAAGCUGGGGGACAAGCAGCCCGGGAACAUGGCUGGGAACUUCAACCUGUCUCUCCAGGGCUGUGACCAAGACGCCCAAAACCCAGGGAUCCUCCGGCUGCAGUUUCAAGUUUUGGUCCAACAUCCACAGAAUGAAAGCAAUAAAAUCUACGUGGUCGACUUGAGCAACGAGCAAGCCAUGUCGCUCACCAUCGAGCCACGGCCCGUCAAGUUCAGCCGCAAGUUUGUCCCCGGCUGCUUCGUAUGUCUGGAGUCUCGGACCUGUAGCACCAACCUCACCCUGACCUCCGGCUCCAAACACAAGAUCUCCUUCCUUUGUGAUGAUCUGACUCGCCUGUGGGCGAACGCUGAGAAGACCAUAAGCUGCAUGGACCACCGGUACUGCCCCAGGAGGCCCUACUCCCUCCAGGUGCCCAGGGACAUCCUCCAGCUGCCUGUGCAACUGCACGACUUCUCCUGGAAACUGCUGGUACCCAAGGACAGGCUCAGCCUGGCAUUGGUGCCGGCCCAGAAGCUGCAGCAACACACGCCCGAGAAGGUCUGCAACACCAGCUACAGCUACCUGGUGGCCAGCACGGUCCCCGGCCAGGACCUCUACUUUGGCUCCUUCUGCCCCGGAGGCUCCAUCCAGCACAUCCAGGUGAAGCAGAACGUCUCCGUGACCCUCCGCACCUUCACCCCCAGCUUCCAACAAGAGGCCUCCAGGCAGGGCCUGACCGUGUCCUUUAUCCCCUACUUCAAAGAGGAAGGCGUUUUCACGGUGACCCCAGACACAAAAAGCAAGGUCUACCUGAGGAGCCCUAACUGGGACCGGGGCUUGCCGUCGCUCACCUCAGUGUCCUGGAACAUCAGUGUGCCCAGCGGCCAGGUGGCCUGCCUGACCUUCCUCAAGGAGCGGACCGGCGUGGUCUGCCAGACGGGGCGUGCAUUCAUGAUCAUCCAGGAGCAGCGGACCAAGGCCGAGGAGAUCUUCAGCCUGGAGGACGAGGUCCUCCCCAAGCCAAGCUUCCACCACCACAGCUUCUGGGUCAACAUCUCCAACUGCAGCCCUGUGAGUGGCAAGCAGCUGGACCUGUUCUUCUGGGUGUUGCUUACCCCAAGGACUAUGGACCUGACUGUCAUCAUCACGGCGAUCGUGGGAGGUGGCGCCUUGCUGCUGUUUGCCCUCGGACUCAUCAUUUGCUUCGUGAGAAAGAAGAAAAAGAAGACAAGCAAAGGCCCAUCUGUAGGCAUCUACAACGGCAACAUCAACACCCAGAUGCCGAUGCAGCCAAAAAAGUUUCAGAAGGGACGAAAGGACAGUGACUCCCACGUGUAUGCAGUCAUCGAUGACACCAUGGUAUAUGGCCAUCUGUUGCAAGAUUCCAACGGCUCCUUCCUACAGCCAGAGGUGGAUACCUACCGGCCGUUCCAGGGUCCCACGGGGGACUGCCCUCCCUCCCCACCCCUCACAGGCUCCAGGGCCCCGACUGCAAAGCUGACCGUAGACGAGCCACCCCCCAGCUUCCCUGCUGAGUCUGAGAGUGAACCAUAUACCUUCUCCCACCCCAACAACGGGAACACAGACAUUCCCUUGCUGGACACCCAUGAGCCCACGGAGCCUGGGGAGUAA